GGGCCGGGGCCAGGGCCGGAGCGAGCGGCGGGGAGGGCUGCGCCAGAGCCCCGCGCAGGGCGGUUGCAGCCCGCCGGCUUUGAUCCGCUGCGGGCUGCUUUAACACGGGACUUUCUCUCUCUCUCUCUCUCUCUCUCUCUCUCUCUCUCUCUGUGUCUCAGGCAGGGGCGGGGGCAGAGCAGGCCGGGCUCUGGGGCGAGCCCGAACCCCCGCCCCGCGCGCGAAGGUGCAGCCCGGCGGCGGCGGGACGAUGCGAGCGGAGGGCAGCGGAGCCGGGGAGGAGCUGCCUCGCUACCUGUGUGGCCCGGGCCGGCGCGGCGGGGACCUGCCGGGGACAUCACCAUGUGAAUGAAGGCCGGGUGCCCGCUCCGGCCCGUGCUCCGCACAGCUGCAUGGGAGGCGCCUCGCAGGGCACAUUCCUGCCCGCGGCGGCGGCUUAGCCGGGCUCUGCGCGCCCCGCGGGGCGGCCCCAGAUCAUAUUGACUUUACACAGACAAUGAUCCCAAAGGCCAUAUGAUAAUUGCUGGUGGCCAAGAAAGAAGGCACAUUGAGGAUUGUACUGAAGCAGGAAAGGGGAGCAAGGAGGGAGACCAUUCGACCUAUUCCUCUAGUAGUGGCAGUUCUGCAUACACUUUUUGUGGGGCUGUGUCAGUGCCAUCAAAGUCCUAGUUUGCAGGCAACAGCCAGUUCAGCAAUACAUCUGAGACUCCAGGGAAAGAAGGAGAAGCUGUGCCAGCAUGGAUAAGGACAGCACGAACCUGACUGACCAGCAGUAUGAAUGUGUGGCUGAGAUUGGCGAAGGAGCCUAUGGGAAGGUAUUCAAGGCCCGAGACUUGAAGAACGGAGGUCGUUUUGUAGCGUUGAAGCGGGUGCGGGUGCAGACAAGCGAGGAGGGGAUGCCGCUCUCCACCAUCCGUGAGGUGGCGGUACUGAGGCACCUGGAGACCUUUGAGCACCCCAAUGUGGUCAGGUUGUUUGAUGUAUGCACAGUGUCACGAACAGACAGAGAAACCAAGCUAACACUAGUGUUUGAGCAUGUUGAUCAAGACUUGACCACUUAUUUGGAUAAAGUUCCAGAGCCUGGAGUGCCUACUGAAACCAUAAAGGAUAUGAUGCUUCAGCUGUUACGAGGGCUGGAUUUUCUGCAUUCACACCGAGUGGUGCAUCGUGAUCUGAAACCACAAAACAUCCUUGUAACCAGUAGUGGACAGAUAAAAUUAGCUGACUUUGGCCUUGCACGAAUCUACAGUUUUCAGAUGGCUCUUACAUCUGUGGUUGUCACUUUGUGGUAUAGAGCUCCCGAAGUUUUGCUGCAGUCCAGCUAUGCAACACCUGUUGAUCUCUGGAGUGUUGGUUGCAUAUUUGCAGAGAUGUUCCGCAGAAAGCCACUUUUUCGUGGAAAUUCAGAUGUUGAUCAGCUAGGAAAAAUCUUUGAUGUAAUUGGACUCCCAGAAGAAGAGGAUUGGCCAAGUGAUGUUGCUCUUCCAAGACAUGCUUUCAAUCCCAGACCCCCACAGCCCAUUGAAAAAUUUGUACCAGAUAUUGAUGAGCUGGGCAAAGACUUGAUCCUUAAAUGUUUAGCAUUUAAUCCAGCUAAGAGAAUAUCUGCCUAUGUUGCCCUGUCUCACCCUUAUUUCCAUGAUCUGGAGAAAUAUAAGGAGAAUCUGGACACCCAUAUGUCAUCCAGCCAAAACACCAGUGAAGUUAAUACAUUGUAAGGCUGAUCAGAGAUGAACCUACAGAUGAACAAAACAUGUAGCUGACAAGGUCACUGUUCAGUAUGAACCAUAGUUGUUUUGCUGAAGAUCGUUAUCUGGAUGAUUUAUAUGUUUCUGCUUCUCCUGGAUGGUGAUGUGCUUAUCUGAGGAAACCCAUAUAGUUUACUUUCAUCAAAGCAAUGCAAGAGCCAGGACCUCCACCUGCUCCCAUUGCAGCUUUAUGGUUUUUGUGUUUUGUUUUUGUUUUGUUUUUUAACUACCUGCAAACUCCAGAUGAAGAGAAGCUGCUGACCAGUUUUGCUGCCAUUUUGUUCUUCUAACAUUGGAUGCUGCCAUUGUGGAGUAGAAUAAUCCAGUCACUGCCAAAACCUGAUGCAAUCAUUCUCUCUAGCUGCUGAAGCACAUUUGGAAUUGUUUGUAUUAUUCUGUGAUUGCUCUAAGUGAUAUUUAAAAGUAUGGAAUUGAAAUAUUGGAUCUCUACAAUCUGCAAUGAAUGCAUCUAGCUACUGUUGGUGAUAUACAAGGAGGCAUCUUCUCAGCUGAAAACCUGGACAGAUAAUUUUAUUAUUUCACUGUUUUCCAUACAAAUAGGAUGCUAAUAAUAAGUUAUAUCUCAAUGUUUAGGUGUUUAGCUAUACAAACCAGCUAUUACCUAGAUGAGUUUGUGUGCAUGGUGCAAAAUCAAGGUUUUUUAAAGAAAAAAAAAUAGGGAUCUACUCUCUCUAAAGACUUUUUUUGUAAAUAUAUUGGAUUUGCUCAAUUUGAGCCAAAUCUGUGCAGUCUAGCUCUUUAUUCCUCUCUCAGAACAAGUAUGUGUUCCAUGAUCUAGUUCAUACAUCUUUGAGUUAUGUAUCAUAAAUUUAACCAGAGUUGAUGAAAGUCUGUGCAGGUUUUUUCUUUUUAACAUGAACUUAUUAUCAACCAAAAGAGCUCACAGAAAAUAUUUGACUUUGGAGAAGAUCAGUUACACAUACAUACUAUGUUGGAUGCUGUAUACUGUGCUGCUUUAACUGGAUCACAUCACCACAUCAUUCCUUGCAUCAUAGUGCAUGAAUAUUACUGUCACAGGAUCCUUCGUACUUCAUUCUUAGCAGAUUUGCUCUAUGCAGAAAUGCAUGAGCCUCUCUCCUGCGCUACCAACACAAAUUCUUUCUCCCUGCUAGUGUUAAUGUGCCAUUAUUGAAAGUCAGCAUAACUAAAUAAUUCACAUGCCCUUUAGCACAGUUAUUUUAGAUAUUACAUUAAAUGUUUAUAUUUCAUAUUUUUACCUGAACUAAAAUAUAUUUUCAGUAUUU